AUGGUCGUUGGAUCUGUGCUCGUGACCGGCGGCACCGGCUACAUUGGCUCCUUCACCGCCCUCGCCCUGCUCGAGGCCGACUACAAGGUCGUCAUCGUCGACAACCUCUACAACUCCUCCGACGAGGUCCUCAACCGCCUCGAGCUCAUCAGCGGGAAGCGGCCGCAGUACUACCAGUGCGACAUCACCGAUGAGAAGAAGCUGGAUCAGGUGUUCGAUGAGCACCCGGACAUUGACAAUGUGAUUCACUUCGCCGCGCUCAAGGCCGUGGGCGAGUCGGGGGAGAUCCCUUUGGCGUAUUACAACGUCAAUGUGUAUGGCACGCUGUGUCUGCUGCGGUCGAUGCAGAAGCACAAUGUCACCAAUAUCGUCUUCUCCUCGUCCGCGACGGUCUAUGGCGAUGCGACCAGGUUCCCGAACAUGAUUCCUAUCCCUGAGGAGUGUCCCCUGGGCCCCACGAACCCUUACGGUAACACGAAGUUCACUGUCGAGACGAUGAUUACGGACUACGUCAACUCUGAAAGAGCCAAGGCGCAGAAAGAGGGCAAGAGCGGGGAUGCGUUCAAUGCGGCAUUGCUGCGAUACUUCAACCCUGCUGGAAGCCACCCGAGCGGGAUCAUGGGUGAGGAUCCUCAGGGCGUGCCAUACAACUUGCUGCCAUUGUUGGCGCAGGUCGCGGUGGGCAAGAGGGAGAAGCUGUUGGUGUUCGGUGACGACUACAAGUCCAAGGACGGCACCGCAAUUCGCGACUACAUCCACAUCCUCGACCUCGCAGAAGGCCACCUCGUCGCCCUCAACCACCUCCGCUCGCAGCACCCCGGUGUCCGCGCCUGGAACCUGGGUACCGGCAAGGGCAGCACCGUCUUCGACAUGAUCAAGGCCUUCAGCACCGCCGUGGGCCGCGACCUGCCAUACCAAGUCGUCGGCCGAAGAGCAGGUGACGUGCUCGACCUGACCGCAAACCCAACCCGAGCGAACAAGGAGCUGGGCUGGAAGGCGAAGCUCACACUCGAGGACGCUUGCGCUGAUCUGUGGAGGUGGACGGAGAACAACCCACAGGGUUACCGACAGCAGCCGCCCAAGGAGUUCAUCGAGGCGCUGAAGAGCAAGAAGCAAUAG